CUCCAAGCAGCGAGGCGGGAAGUGUUGCGCAGGCGCGUUUGGCCGUGCGCUGGGUGGGGACUCUAGAAGCCGGCGACCCGGGCAUAUUGGGAGCUACAGAAGUUGUACUCCCUUAAACUCUGCUUUGCUCUCCCUAAGGACAUGACCCGUUUGCUGACAUUUUGCAUCCCAGUUGUUUUGUGAUGGAGGCAUCUUUGGGGAUUCAGAUGGUUGAGCCAAUGGCUUUUUCUCCCCUGCGUGACCGGUUUCAGGCAGAAGACUCUUCAAAAAAAUAUGAGCAGAAUUUUAAACUUUCAGGUGUUAAAAAAGAUAUUGAGAAGCUGUAUGAAGCUGUACCACAGCUUAGUAAUGUGUUUAAAAUAAAGGACAAAAUUGGAGAAGGCACAUUCAGCUCUGUUUAUUUGGCCACAGCACAGUUACAAGUAGGACCUGAAGAGAAAAUUGCUCUAAAACACUUAAUUCCAACAAGUCAUCCUGUAAGAAUUGCAGCUGAACUGCAGUGUUUAACAGUGGCUGGGGGGCAAGACAAUGUCAUGGGAGUUAAAUACUGCUUUAGGAAAAACGAUCAUGUGGUUAUUGCUAUGCCGUAUCUGGAGCAUGAGUCCUUUUUGGACAUUUUGAAUUCUCUUUCAUUUCAAGAAGUACGGGAAUAUAUGUUUAAUCUGUUCAAAGCUUUGAAACGCAUUCAUCAGUUUGGUAUUGUUCACCGUGAUGUCAAACCCAGCAAUUUUUUAUAUAAUAGGCGCUUGAAAAAGUAUGCCUUGGUAGACUUUGGUUUGGCUCAAGGAACCCAUGAUACGAAAAUAGAGCUUCUCAAAUUUGUCCAGUCUGAAACUCAGCAUGAAAGUUGUUCACAAAACAAAUCUAAUGUAAUCACUUCAAACAAGAUUUCAUUGAGUGGCUCAGCACCUAAGGAACUGGAUCAGCAAUCCACUGCAAAAACUUCUGUCAAAAGACCCUACACAAAUGCACAAAUUCAGUUGAAACAAGGAAAAGAUGGAAAGGAGGGAUCUGUAGGCCUUUCUGUCCAGCGCUCUGUUUUUGGAGAAAGAAAUUUCAAUAUACACAGUUCCAUUUCACAUGAGAGCCCUGCAGUGAAACUUGUAAAGCAAUCAAAGACUAUGGAUGUAAUAUCAAGAAAAUUACCAACAAAAAAGAAGCCAGUUUCUACAAAAGUUAUGAAUAGUGGUGUAAUAAAGAAAACUGCAAGUUCUUGCCCAGCUAACCUGACCUGUGACUGCUAUGCAACAGAUAAAGUUUGCAGUAUUUGCCUUUCAAGGCGUCAGCAGGUUGCCCCUAGGGCAGGUACACCAGGAUUCAGAGCACCAGAGGUUUUGACAAAGUGCCCUAAUCAAACUACAGCAAUUGACAUGUGGUCUGCAGGUGUCAUAUUCCUUUCUUUGCUCAGUGGACGAUAUCCAUUUUAUAAAGCAAGUGAUGACUUAACUGCACUGGCUCAAAUUAUGACAAUUCGGGGAUCCAGGGAAACUAUCCAGGCUGCAGAAACUUUUGGUAAAAUGGAUCUAGGAACUUGGCCAGAGUCCUGGGGAAACAACUUGGAUUAAAUAGAAACCACAAAAAGUAAAGCAACAAGAACACCAAAUGGGAUGUGGAAAGAACUGGGAACCCUCAGCAUAAGGCCUCCAGGUGAGGAGGAUCCAGUCAUGUGUGGGCAAAUUCAGAGAGACGGGAGCUCUUGGGAGGCUCCUGGAAGUGAUCAGAUGGAUGCUCAGCACCACCUCACAGCUUAUGUUUUAUGUGAAUUUGUUUUGCCAAGAUUCUACCAGAAAUCACCUCACUUUGUAUACAUUGCUUCUGUAAAGAAUUAAUGUAAAGUCUUCUGUAAAGUCCCUGGGACUUUGAGUCUUAGGAUCCUGAGUCUUUCACAGAAUCUGGCUCUUGGUUAGUAUGCCCUGGGUCCUGUUGACAUAGAGACUACACCCAACAUCUCAGUCCCUGCCCAAUCAAUGUGGGCCACCCAGAGGUGCCCAGGGCGGACAGGAUCCUCUGGCUGGCACGUGAGUUAACCCUUCCUAGAGGUAGAUCCAACUUUGGUGUGGCCUCAAGCCUAUAUCAUGUCUGCUCCUUUUAAAGAAAAAGAAUGCAAAAUUAUAAAUUUUAAAUCUGGUACAGAACCUGUGGAAGCACUAGUCCUAGUGAAAGGCCCCAGAGCUAAAGCCAGCCGUUGAAAUAAGCCCACUUCUGCACCCCAGAGCUCUGACCACCUAAGGAGAUCUUUGAUGGCUCUUGUCUGAUGAUAAGAAGCAAGAUUUGACCUGAUUUCCUUGGAAACAGAGAUAAAUGAAGACUUUCAAGUGCUGGGUAGAAAGUAAUUAGGUCAGGAUAAGAAGUAAAAGCAAUUUGUCAAGGCUAAGGACUAUCAAUAGAUUGAAGGGCAGUAUUAAUCAGUUCAAGAGUAAUCAUUUUAAAAGAUUGCUUUAGAAACUUGUAUUAUAGAGGAUAUUUGCUGUUUUAAAUAAAUUUAUGAGAUACUGUUUGCCAGCAAAUAACACUUAUAGCUUUUUGUUGCUGUUAUUCUUUAAUUCUGUGCAUUCCUAAAGACAUGGCUCACUCAUUGCCUUGGGACCCAACAUCCUAAAAAUUGAGUGAUUACUGAGCUACAUGCUGAACAAUGUACUAAGUUCUGCCCUUGGCCUCUAGAGCAGCCUGGCUGCCAACAGGCGCAAGUCUAAGGCAGGAAAUGCAUCUCAUCUCCUGCUCAGAUUUGAUUCUUUAGCUACUCAAGCUGGUGUGCCAUGAUGAAUAAAAGAAAGAGACAUUUUAGGAUCUGUUGUAAAUUAGACCAAUGAGCCGAGGAACCAUGUCCAGCAGGAACAACUGCCCCAGGCUAUCACAGGGGGUAAAAUCCAUGCCUGCAAAAAUACAGGCAAUGCCUCAGACCCAAGUAGGCCAUGAAACCAGAGACUUUAGCCCAAGCCCCUAAAAGACCUUUUCUGAGCUUGGUGUCCUCAACCUAGCUGGUUGUACAACAGUUCAUCUGGCGGAACCCCAACCCAGCAGUAAAUAAGUACUAUGUGAAAACAAAACAGUGUCCUUUGGAUACCAUAGACUUUGUUAUUGGAAACCCCUGGCCAGAAAGGGAACUGAAACUGCUUAAUUAGGGACAUACCAGCAUGUCAGGAAACCAAGUGUGACCCUGGGAGGAGUAGAGUAAGGUUCUGGCUGGAAGGAUAUUCUGGAGGGUAAGGGGAGGGCAGUAGGGAAGGCAGAGAUGCACCCAAGGGCAAAAAAGGACCAAGAUCUGCCCAGCCAGCUGCUCUUGGCUCUGGGUUCUGAGGAGUUAGUAUCUCUUCUGAGCAUAGAAGCAGUUCUCCAUGGGCUUGAGCUGGGUUGCCAUUGGGCUGAGCCAUGCCUCUGACUUUGACAGACGGCAAGGAACAGCAGUGUUUUGAGGAGAUUCUUUGCUCCUUUCAAUCUUCUCACUUUGGAAACUUUUUGCUGGCUUUUCCUGGUUGUAGACACCUCUCACCAGAUCUGAAAAUCCCUGGGCUCUUGCUUUACUUAAUUAAUAAUAACUUCCUUUUAUUAAGCUCUUAUUGUGACUGGGAAUCAUUUUAGGCAUUCUGCCUUAAAUAGUCUCACUCCUUCCCAUACUAUUUUCUACCUCAAGGACCCACAACUCAGACCAUAAUUCAUUUGGCUAAGAUCACACAACUAGUCAAUUGGUGUAACUAGUAUAUAAGCCCAGGAUGUCUGAUUUCAAAGUCACUUACUAAAUGCUGGUCAAAUUCAUUGAACUAGUUCUUACUAGAGAUAAAAACAUUAAUAUAGUCAACUCUUUAUUGAUAAUGCUUUAAAAUGAUUUUAAAGCAAUUAAUCCAAAAUUCACCAACAUUUGAUCCUAGAAUAUGUUUUUGUUCCUAUGUUUGAAUAUGGGUAUGUUUGCUAUUCUAGGAAUUUGUAACUCCAAACAAAGUAAUAAAGAUAAAGGUAAAGGA